AUGAAGAACGGUCAGAUUUACAUAAAAGAAAGCUCUAUUGGAUUACAGAGCACACAGGAGUUGCAGUCUUCUACUCAAGCUUCACAUGAGUGUGAACAGAAAAAUAUUCAACCUAUAGAAGCUCCUAUACAAGAUUCUGGUUCUGUAUCUGCCUCGAGUAAUGAUGGUAGGAAAGUUUCAAGGCAAGAUAUCGAACUUGUCCAAAAUUUGAUAGAAAGAUGUCUUCAGUUGUACAUGAACAAAGAUGAGGUCGUCAAGACCCUCUUGACUCGUGCAAGGAUCGACCCUGGAUUUACAACCUUAGUAUGGCAGAAAUUGGAAGAAGAAAACGCCGACUUUUUUAGAGCAUAUUAUAUCAGACUGAAACUAAAGAAGCAAAUAAUCGUAUUCAAUCAUUUGCUUGAGCAUCAAUAUCACCUCAUGAAGUAUCCUGUACAUUCAAAAGUUCCUCUAGUCCCGAUACAGAACGGUAUUCAUCCUAUGGGACCUGUUAACAACAUGCCUAUGGGAUAUCCUGUACUACAACAUCCUCAAGUGCAUGCUCCUGGUCAUCAUCCCCAUCUUGAUCCUAUGAGUUGUGGUAUGUCGAGCUGCCACGUGGUUAACGGAGUCCCUGCACCUGGGAAUUUCCAACCAAUGAGGAUGAAUUCAGGGAAUGAUAUGGUAAUAGAUACAACCGUGGCUGAGCCAACUCCAAUGAUACCCCCACCAAACAGUGGUAUGUCAUCAAUGUCGGAGAUGCCAGUGAGUCCAACUUCUGUGGCGUCAAGCGGACAUUUUCCAUUUGCUGCUUCAGACAUGUCAGGCAUGGGAAUGGAUACUUCAGCUCUUGAUUCUGCAUUCACAUCUGAUGUCGCAACUUCGGUCGGGUUACAACUAGGACCAGAUGGAGGAGCUGGAAAUUCUAGAGACACUCUUAGGCCAUUUGAUCAGAUUCCUUGGAACUUUAGCCUCUCUGAUCUCACUGCAGAUUUGUCAAAUCUGGGAGAUUUAGGGGCCUUAGGAAACUAUCCCGGUUCUCCUUUCCUUCCAUCCGAUUCAGAGAUUUUACUCGAUUCACCAGAACAAGAGGACAUAGAGGAAUUCUUCGUGGAUUCGGUCCCAGGUCCUCCAUGCUCUCAGUCAGACGAAGACAAGUCAUAA